CCUGCCAGCCAGAGGGCGAAAUCCAGAGAUUGCGCCAGCCUCAGCCUUGCUCCCGCUCCUGCUCCUGCCGCCGCGGACCCGUCGUGGGCACAUCCGCCGGGCUUCCUAGCGACCGAGAGGGAAGGAGGCACCUGCCGCCGCCGCGAGGAUCCCCCACCAUGGAAGGCGCUCCAGCGGAGCCGAGCCGCGGGUUCUUGCCGCCCUUCCGGCACUUCGCCACCCAGGCCAUCCACGUGGGGCAGGAGCCCGAACAAUGGAACUCCCUGGCCGUGGUGCCCCCCAUCUCGCUCGCGACCACCUUCAAGCAGCACGCGCCGGGGAAGCACAGCGGCUUUGAAUAUAGUCGUUGUGGAAAUCCUACUCGUGAUUGCUUGGAAAAAGCUGUAGCAGCAUUGGAUGGCGCUAAGUACUGUUUAGCAUAUGCAUCUGGGUUAGCAGCGACUCUGAACAUUGCACAUCUGCUGAAGGCAGGAGAUACUAUUAUUUGCAUAGAUGAUGUAUAUGGAGGUACAAAUAGGUAUUUCCGAAAGAUAGCAUCAGACAUGGGUCUGAAAACUGUUUUUGUCGAUUGUACCAAGCCGGAAUGCCUUGAGGCAGCUAUCACACCAGAGACCAAGCUCGUAUGGAUUGAAACUCCCACAAAUCCCAUGCUCAAAGUUGUUGACAUUCAAGCAUGUGCCAAAGUUGUCCAUAAACAUGAAGGACUUAUUUUAGCAGUGGAUAACACCUUUAUGUCUGCUUAUUUCCAGAGACCUUUGGCUUUAGGAGCAGACAUCUGUAUGUGCUCAGCAACUAAAUAUAUGAAUGGUCACAGUGAUGUUGUAAUGGGGCUAGUUUCAAUAAAUGAUGAUGCUCUCCAUGAGAAACUUAGAUUCUUACAGUAUGCCAUUGGAGCAGUUCCAUCACCAUUCGAGUGUUAUCUUUGCAAUCGUGGUCUAAAGACAUUGGCAAUCCGCAUGAAACAACAUUUCCAGAAUGCCCUAGCUGUUGCCCAGUUCCUCGAAUCAAAUCCUAGAGUGGAAAAAGUUAUCUUCCCUGGUUUGCCAUCACACCCGCAAUUUGAGCUGGUGAAGCGUCAGUGCACAGGCUGCCCGGGAAUGGUUUCCUUUUACAUUAAAGGGAAUGCUGAAACUGCCUCCACAUUUCUCAAAAGCUUGAAGCUUUUUGCCCUGGCUGAAAGUCUGGGAGGAUAUGAAAGCCUGGCAGAGCAUCCGGCUAUCAUGACUCAUGCCUCAGUUCCCAAGGCAGAUAGAGAGGCCCUUGGGAUCACUGAUACAUUUAUUCGCAUGUCUGUUGGGUUAGAAGACUCUGAAGAUUUACUAGAAGAUUUGUCCCAAGCUUUGAAGGCAGCGAUCCCCGAUUACAAAAUCCGUAACUAAGAGACAACCUGCAAUUGAUUCCUGUGCAACUCUAAACAAACUGGAAGUUCAGCAUCUUGUGAAUGUUCUUUGGAUUUUACUUCUUGAACACAAAAAAUUGUUUCAAUAUUUUGAAAGCAAGCCAAGGGUGCCUGUUAUUCUCCAUAGACCACUAAUUCAACAAGUGCCUUUACAUGUGUAACCCCAUCAUAGUCAUGCAGCAGCUAGCUGUGUUAGUCUGUUGUUACAAUUAAUGCUACAAAUAGUCAUGUAGCACCUGUAAGACAAACUAGUUUUAAUUCUUCCCAAGCUUUUGUGGAUCUCAGCACGAAGUGUACUUAGUGUUCAGAGGUGUUCUUAGACACAUGAAAACUUAUGAAAAAUAAAAACUAGUGUUACAAGUGCUAUAGGACUAACUCCAUCAUUGUCAGUACUGCUUAUUUUACCUCCCAAGCCCACCUUUCUAUCCACCAUUAGCUGUUGAAUGGCCAUAAUUCAUCCUCAGGAAUACUACAACAAGUUGUCUCCCAACAAUGUUUAAAUGAAGUUAAUUGCAUGAUGGUGUAAUAUAAUAUAUUAUAAUAUAAUAUAACGCCAAGGAGCAGGAAAUCUCCAGGUCUCAGUUCACAAGGUGGAUUUAGGUAAGUUGUUCUCUCAGCCUCAGUCCCACCAUCUGCAAUGUGGGCAACUGCUGCUAUGUAGUGCAUGUCAAUUACUUUGAAGAUGUAAGGUACUAAAAAAUGCUAGUUGUGUUUAAAAAAAUACUGCUGCCGUACCUCCCCUCUGAUUGUUUGUACUUGACUCAGAAAAUUACUACUUCCCAUGGGGAAAAAGUGUUUUUGAGUUGAAUUCCUUAAACAGCUGUUGUUUCUUUCUUCUGUGCAAUAUUGGGAAAUGGAACAAAGUCAUUUGCAUGGCACUAUGUGUAUUGCAUUUUAAAAAAUGGAUCUUAAAUAAUUUGCAUUUUUUCUGUUUUGAAUUAUCAAACAAUAUAGACUGUAUCUUUUUAAAAUUCAUUACAUGUCUACGUAAUGGGAUUCUAGUUUUGAAGAGAAACUCUCUUGUUAGAGUAUCUGAUUUUAAUAUGUGAGCAACAUUUCUUUCUGCUAAUUUGCAUUUCUCAUAAAUUAUAUAAAUUUGGUUGAUUUUAA